UUCAAUAAACAGCUUCCCAACUACUGUCAUUCCUUGAUACUCUCUCAACCCUAGUCAUUCCUUACACUCAAGCUCUAGUCAUUCCUUAAUUAUAUUUGUCACUCCCUAAUUUAGUAACUCCCUAACUCAGUCACUCCUUCUUAUUUUCAAAAUGAAUACUCAAAGUUUUAUUCUACUUAUUUCUUUUCUUAUUAUCAAAGUUUUUGCUUUCGAUGCCUCUUCCAGUAAUAAUGUCGCUGUUUAUUGGGGUCAGGAUUCCUAUGGUAGCGAAGAAAGUUUAGAUACUUAUUGUGAAUCCGAUGAUGUUGAUAUUGUUCUUUUAUCUUUCCUUUACAACUAUCCAAAUAACUUAGGUUACUCUUUUUCAAGUAAAUGCUCUUCAGAUUCUACUAGUGGAUGCCUGGAUGUUGGAUCUUCAAUUAAAAAAUGUCAAUCUAAUAAUAAAUUGGUCCUUCUCUCUUUAGGUGGGGCCUCUGGUAGUUACAGCUUAUCUUCUGAUCAAGAAGGUGAGGAUUUUGCUGAUACUUUAUGGAAAACUUUUGGUAAUGGUGAUGGCGGUAAUAAACCAUUUGGUGAUGACGUUUCAGUUGAUGGUUUUGAUUUCGAUUUGGAAAAUAAACAACAAACUGGUACUGCUGCCUUAGCUAAAGCUUUAAGAUCUAAAUUCGAUGAAGAUUCCUCUAAAACUUAUUAUUUAUCUGCUGCUCCCCAAUGUGUUUAUCCAGAUGAAUCAGUUGGUGAUAUCUUAAAAGAAGCUCAAAUUGAUUUUGCUUUCAUUCAAUUCUACAAUAAUCCUUGUAGUUUAGAUAAAUCUUUCAAUUGGGAUACUUGGACUGAUUUUGCUUCCAAUGAUUCUCCAAAUAAAAAUAUUAAACUUUUCAUUGGUUUACCUGGUGCUUCAAGUUCUGCUGGUUCUGGUUACAUUGCUCCAAAUCAAUUAAGUGGAAAAAUUACUAGUGAUAUCAAAUCUAAUAAAAACUUUGGUGGUAUUUCUCUUUGGGAUGCUUCUUCUGCCUUUGGUAAUAAAGAUGGUGGUAACACCUUUGUUUCUUCAGUUAAACAAGUUCUUGGUGGAUCAAGCUCUGGCUCUAGUUCUGGUUCUGGAUCAAGCUCUAGCUCUAGCUCUACUUCCACUUCUGCUUCCACUUCUGCUUCUACUUCUGCUUCUACUUCCACUGGAACUACUGGAACCACCAGUUCUGCUAAUACUAAUGCUGCCUCUUCCACUCAAGGUGCACAAGGUCAAAGCCAAGGUCAAAGUCAAAGCCAACAAGGACAACAAGGUCAAGGCCAAAGUCAAGGCCAACAAGGCCAAGGUCAACAAGGCCAAGGUCAACAAGGCCAACAAGGCCAAGGUCAACAAGGCCAACAAGGUCAAGGCCAACAAGGACAAGGUGCAGCCACUUCAUUGGCAGCAGCCGCUACUACCUACAACGGUGGAGCUUCUCAAACUGCUCAAGCAUCGCAAGGUGUUCCAACAACCUUGAGAACCAUGACUGUCACCAACACUCAAUACAUGACCUCCACUGUUCAAGGUUCUCCAACCACUCUUGCAAGUACAUCAACCAAAACUUACGAUGACGGUAUGUACAAAGGUAAUGAAUAUUAUAUGACCCACAAAAAUGACAAUAACGGUCAAUGGAAUCAAUAGAUUUUUUAUAAUUAGCAUAACCUUUAUACGAUUUUCAAAAGUUAGUUUCAUUUCUCUUCUUUUUUGUUUAUGAAUUAUG